AUGUUUGGAGGCUCGGCGCUAGGGACAAUAGGGCCGCAAAUGAGAUACGUCUUCGGCAGCCUCCGGGGGUUCGACGACGUUGUCCAGCUCACUGUGACAAUUAUGGGUAAUUGUGUGAGAGCGAGUUGGGUUAAUGUCGGACUUACGUGUUCCUCUGCCUCCGAACGUCUACCGCCGCCGUCGGCAGGAGUUUUCGAGAUUAAAAGCAAACAGAAACUGUCCUACGCACAGUUACCGUCCAACUGA